AUGGCUGUCAAACAAAUAAUUCAACGUAUCGAUCGUGGUGACGAGGUUGCGAUCAUCAAAGCUCUCAUCGAGGACGGCUGUUGUGUUAUCAAGAAUUUCACCGAUGUCGAGACUGUGACGAGAGUGAACGCUGAAGUUCAACCUUAUCUUGACCAAGAUAAGCCGUGGAAGGGCAACCUGUUUCCUGAAGAAACUCGGCGAUGCGCCAACCUAGCAGGCCGGAGUAAGACAGCUCGAGAAACAUGGCUAGUCGAUCGUCUGAUCCGAACAUUGGCAGCCAAGUUCAUCGAUAAAACAACUUCAAACUUCUAUGGCGCGACCAAGCACACCGACACAAGUGAAGCAGUUUGCUCAAUAGCUAUGACAUUUGACAUUGGCCCGGGCGCCAAAGCUCAGCGACUACACCGAGACGACAAGAAUUACCAUGUGGAUCAUGAAGAUCAAGGAGCAACGGGCUAUAGAGUCGGCUCAGACGUUAUGAUGGCUUUCAUGGUUCCAGGAGUACAGACCACCGUGGAGAACGGGGCUACCCUGGCUAUACCAGGAAGUCAUCUCUGGGGGUCCGAUCGCGCCCCAUUGAUGCACGAGGCUGGUGCCGCACAAAUGGAUGUGACCGACUGCUGGGUUAUGUUGGGUGGGCUGUAUCACGCAGGAGGAGCAAAUAUGACCGAGACAGAAUGGCGGAAAGUGCAUGGAAUGUUCUUCACGCGGGGAUUUUAUCGACAAGAAGAGAACAGCUACCUUGCGAACUCUGCGGAAGAAGUUUUAUCCUGGUCACCUGCGGCUCAGAAAGUCAUGGGCUUUGAAUUACCCAGUCCUAACAUCGGAUUUGUCGGUUUCCAGCCUCCUUUGGACUAUUUGCGCGGAGCUGGGGUUGACUCGUUUGGAGAUUUCGAUCCCUCGCAGGAGAGGGAAUUAAAGGAGACUUGA